AUGGCCCUGCAAGGCAGAGACCUGAUCCUUGCCGCCAUCACAUGCUUCAUAGCUUGGGGCUAUGCUGUCAGUUGGUUACCGACUUUGCGAUGGAUGGGCUACGCCUUGAUCGGAGGAGUCGUCUUGGCCACCGUCGCCUUGUUCGCCCUCGUACUGCUUACAUCUCACGGUUCCAGACGCGGUUUGCGACAUCGAUCGCCACGUCCAAAUGGCCCUGCGUUCCUUGCGCCAAAGGCUUGGGCCCGCGAGGUCGUCAGUCUCCAGACGCGACAAGCCUACACGAAAGUGCCCCUCGACCCUGGCUCCCCCCGCAUCUCCAAAGCUUUCGAUGACCUCCUCGAACUCAUAAUACGCGACUUUGUUAGUUCAUGGUACUGCAGCAUUAGCACGAACCCCGUCUUCUCGAACGAAGUCGACAAAGCUGUGCGCGAUGCCCUUAUCAGUAUCCGGGAGCGGCUCUUGGAGCUCGACCUUGUAGAUAUCGUUACCACGCGAGUUGUUCCAAUGUUGACAGCGCAUUUCCGAGACUUCUACGAGGCCGAACGGGCUGUGCGAGGGAAGAAACUGAAUCGAUCCGUGACGGAAUCUGAAGAGCUGGAUCUCGCAAUCGCCUCCAAAUACAAGGAUGGGAAACUUCAUCCUGCUGCGUCGCUGUCGUUCCCGGACACGAAACUCGUACAACAGGAUUACUUGCGGAAUAUGGUCUCUGGGAUCUUGCCAAAAGUUCUACCGCCUAACGUGCUUGCUAGUCGAGCCGUAUCCACCAUCAUUCGAGAGAUCGUGGCUUGUGCCGUGCUGUUUCCCGUGAUGCAAAUCCUGGCCGAGCCCGAUACUUGGAACCAAGUGAUGGAGAAUUAUGGCCGUUCCAUGUUGCAGGAUCGGUCGACGGUGCGGAAGCUCAGGGCGGCGCUAGAUCAACAUGCCUCCCCAACACCGAGGUCCAGCAAGGCCGCCAUAAUCCCUCGUCUUUCGCCCACCGACAGCGAGAGAAAGUUCGAAAAGUUCAUUCGCGCAAUACGGAAAGUCAACAAUCUCUCCGACGCCAGGAGACUGCGAAGCGAGGUUGCAAGCCAACUGAAACGCGAUUCCCUGGAAGAAAACCAAGACCAGGUCUAUCUUCGCCGGCUAGAGAUGGGCAAGCGGCUCCUAGAUCAACGCGUCCAGCUUCUUGCAGCGGGCGGAAGCCGACAGGCUUCCGCAACUCUGCCUACUCGUCCAGCCGGCGUUCCCCACGCAGUCUCAAAGCUCGAGAACGCAUCACUGGUCGAGUUGCUUCGAGACGCAUCCGGCUUGUCCUAUUUUAUGGAGUUCAUGGACCGUCACCGCAUGAUGCCUCUUGUCCAGUUUUGGCUGGUCGUUGACGGCUUUCGAAACCCUCUGGAGGAUGAGGGUCAAGACGACGAGCAUUUGCCCUCCAAUCUACCAAUGUGGACUGAUUCUGACCGUCUGGACCUAGCCCAGAUCGACCACGCAUAUCUAGCCAAGGCCGAACUAAAGGUCUCACAAGCCUCUCGAGAUGAAGUUCGAGCCUUCCUGGACGCCGGCAAAUCAGCAACCCCUGAGCAAUACUAUAAGGCACGCAGAGCCAUCUUGAGGGCACAGGCGGCUAUCUUGGAGAGAAUGCAAGCUCAGUUCUUCCAGGCCUUCAAGAAGUCCGAUCUCUUUUACAAGUGCUUGGCGGCGCAAGAAGCAUCGGCAAACGUGGCACCUCCCCCGGUCACAGAGCCGUCUGCCUCAUCGCAAGUGCAUCCACCAAUAUACCGGAAUUCUCAGUCAUAUCAGUCCAAGCCAAACCCUGUCACCCGCUUGGCUCCCAGGCUAUCAAGACCGCUAUCCAGGCGUGCCGGAUCCGCGUCCGAUUUAACGAGUCUCAACUCUAAUGGAAAUGGCUCAGAAUCGGUGCCACGGCAACGGCAUUCCCUAGAUGAAGAAACACCAACGCCGCUCUUUGACGAUGAUGAUAUCGACCAAGAUGGCAUGAUGGACUCUCUUCAGAGCCUUGAUCAGGAUGUGGGCAAGCCGGUUCCAGAUACCAACGUAGUGCAGGCCAUGGAGGAAGCGCUAAAUAACAUCAUGGAGGAUAACCGACCGCAAACAGCCGAGGAGUUUCGAGCUUCACUCUUCGGCCCCGAUGACGCGGUUGAUCGGUCAAGUUUGUUCUCAGGAGACAACGACUCGCACCGUGGAUCGCUUGAGGUGUCAAGAUCUGCUGGACAGUCGUCUAAGGAGGCUGAGAAGCCGAGUCUCGCGUCUCUGGGGCUUGUCAGCGCAGCAUCGCGCAUAGGAGUUUUCGUGGACGAUGACUUGUUCGGCGACGAGGACAAGUACCUCUCUGACGAAAGAGAUGACGGAGACGAAGAGGAUAAAGGUGACGUAGAGGACGAGGUGCACGAAGCGGCGCCAGGCGAUCUCGGACUAGCAGAAGCCAUUACAGCGCUGUCCAACGAUAUUGACCGUCUUGUUGCGCAAGAUGCCAUUGUCGAAUCACUGACGAAGAAGGCGGAGCUAACCAACAACACGGCCGAGCUUCGGAUUCUCCGGAAGUCCAAGGCAAGUCUACAACGCGAAAUUCGUCGCAAAGAACUCCAACGGCAGCAAUAUGUAGUGCAGGAGAGCGAUAAUAGCCUGUAUGGCCGAUCUACUAUCAAGAUCAAGGCGAUUCAGGUUGGACGAGAAGAAGACGGCAGAGAGUUCGCCUUGUACGUGGUCGAGGUGCAAAGAGAUGCUGGUGAAAAGAUGCCGGCAGCGACAUGGAUGAUCACCCGCCGGUACAGCGAGUUUCACGAGUUGCAUCAAAAGCUUCGCUCAAGAUAUCCUUCUGUUCGCAAUCUCGACUUCCCCCGCAGACGAAUGGUCAUGAAGUUCCAGAGCGAGUUUCUUCGUAAGCGACGAGCAGCUCUUGAACAAUAUCUUCGCGAGCUUCUGAUGCUCCCAGAGGUCUGCAGGAGUCGCGACCUACGAGCGUUCUUGUCUCAGAGUGUGAUCGCGCAGGGCACAGAUAUUGUGGAUCGCGAAGACAAAAAGGAUAUGAUCACGAGGCUGUACGACUCUGUGACAGAUGGCGUAGAAGACAUUCUGGGCAACAUUCCAGUCCUAGACCAGCUGUCACUGGCUGGUCAAAACCUCAUCGCGGCAGCAACAAACCAGCUCAACGCCAUUCCACUGCCUGUUAAUGAGGAUGGCGUUAGCGCCGCCGAAGCCGAGGCUGAGUUGAAUGCGUUCGAGAACAAGGAACUGGAGUCUUUCAUCAAGCCGAUCUGCGACAUUUUCCUUGAGGUCUUUGAGCUCAACCGAGGCAACAACUGGCUCCGUGGGCGUGCCGUAGUAGUUGUCCUACAACAGCUGCUUGGGGGCACGAUUGAGCGCAAAGUCCGGGACAAUGUCAAGAUGUUGGUCCAGGAGGAUGCGAUUCUUAAGUACAUCGCCCUCCUCAGAGACAGCAUGUGGCCCGGUGGUGAGAUGAGCAAGAACAGGCAACCGCGGACGACAUCAGAAAAGAAGAAGACGAGAACGGAAGCCAGUUUGAUGCUGGCAACUCUCGUGCCGGACUUAGCCGGGAGCGUGGUCGGAAGAGUAAAUGCUCAGGCGGCCAGCCGGCGGGUGUUUGCAACUUUCAACAAUUCGAGGCUCAAGUAA